AUGGACCAGUUCCAGAACACGUCGUUUGCACAGAUGUUGCAGGCGCACGCGGCACAGCAGCCGCAGGUCAAUCUGGAGAUCGACAAGAAACGGAUUGACGUCCUGCUCAAGAUCAACACGGUCCUGCUCCAGAAGUGCCUGCUUCUCCAGCCCUACAUUCUAAACAAGUCCAACGCGACGAACCCGGACUACAACCAGAGAAAAGAGACGUACCAGAACUAUUUGAAGCGAAUUCACUUCAACCUCACGUGCCUGGCAUCCAUCAACGAUAUCCACUCCACUCCACCCAACAUGCCCAAGAAAAACUACAGUAUCCCGCAAAUAGUUCUUCCGCCGCCAGAGCUGCCCGAGCUCAACGAGCCUUACAAGCUGCUCAACCAGCUCUAUCCCGAAGCGUUACCAUUUUUCCAGAGACGCAUGGAGGCCGCAAGACAGCAGCCGCAGCAGAUGCAACAGAUGCAACAACGCCAACCCCAGCCUCCAGCGCAACCACAGCAACAGCCACAGCCUCCGCAACAACACCAGCAACAGCACCAGCAACAGUUCCAGUUCCGCAACCAGACAUUCCCGCAAGAGGAGCAGCAUAGCCAGAUGAACUUCGCGUGGAACUCGCCUUCCGACCUGCUGGCUCCGCGUGCUAAGCAGCAGCAGGCUCCCCAGCCACAGCACCAGAUGUACUCGCAAUUUAUACAGCAGCAGUUGAACCAGCAGCAGCAGACUAUCCAGAUGCCGCAAACAAUGCAACCGCAGCAGACGCCCCAGCAGCAACAGCCGCAACAGCAGCCUGUCUUCAACCAGUACACACCGCAGGACUUCACUAAUUUCCAGCAGCCUCAGCAGCAGUCGUUCAAUGGCAACAUGGGGCAGUUUGAGACGAAAAAUGGCAGCUCGGCGGCUUCUGCAGGCAGCUCCACCAUGCUGAGUCCCGAGCAGAUCCUCGCGAGCGCCAAUAACCAGCAGUCCUCAGCCUCUUUAGACGAAUGGUGA